AACAAGAAGAAAUAAUGGGUUUGAACUUUUCCUCGAGGAAAGAGAGUUCUGAGAAUCCAUAGCUGCGUGCAGGAGGGAGCGGUGGAGAGAGAGAUGGGUGAUAAUCUAUUCGAAGGCCUACCACCUCCUUCCAAUCAACAGGAACAAAAUCAACAAGUAGAAGAGAUUACUUCAAAUAACAGAGAACCAUCUCCACCACCACCACCAGCUCCAACCCCAAUUUUGAAAAGUGCCCUCAAACGCCCCAAGCCAAUCGAAUCUAACCCUGACCCAGAAGAUAUUGCACCUGUAAAGGUCAUUCCAUCGGAAAAACGAUUGAGGUUUAAAACCACAACAGAUGCCUCAGAAACACAACUAGUAGAGGCUAUGCAGAAGAUAACAUCACAUAUUAAGAAUCCUACGAAGUUUGCAAAGGCUUCUAAGCUUGCCAUACAACUAAUUCAGGCUGGAAGUGUAAAGCCAGGGACUAGUGACUGCUUCUUUGCCAUACUUGAGGCUGCAAUGUCUUCGACCACCACUUGUAAUGAUCCUUCUGUGCGGGCAGAUUAUCAUGCCUUGUUUUCAGUGGCACAAGAUGCUGCUGAAUGCCUCAAUAUGAAGCAGAAGCAUCAAUUAGCUACAUGGACAAUUAAGGCAGUGGUGGCAAACGACUUGUUCACUGAUGACAGCUUUGUGUUCUCAAAAGCAGCUGGACGGAUAAAAGAAGCCAUAACUAAUCUUCCAAUUGCAACUGAGGAUGAGGACAUCAAAGAAGCUGCAGCCCUGAAAGACGAGACAGGAACAACUGAUGGAGACAGUAAAAACAAGCAGGAGUUAUCUUCAGGUGCUUCAGCUGAGGCAACUAAGAAGGAUGAAUCUGAUCCAUUUGGGCUUGAUGCUUUGAUAAGUACAGCAAAGAAAGAUGAAAGGGCAAAGGGAAAGAAAGAUGCAGUUACCAAGAUGAGGAAGGAGGAGGAGGAGGAGGAGGAGGAGGAGGAGGAAGAGAAUAGGAGAUUCCUCAAAUCACAGAGAGAAUCUUUGAUUAUUUGUUUAGAGAUUGCUGCUCGUCGUUAUAAAACUCCAUGGUGCCAAACAGUGAUAGACAUUUUGGUAAAGCAUGCCUUUGAUAAUGUUGCAAGGUUCACAUCUCGACAAAGGGACGCUAUAGACAAAUUAUGGGCUUCUAUUCGGGAACAGCAAAACCGCAGAAAACAAGGGAAAUCAAUUAAUGGUAAACUUGAUGUGACUGCCUUUGAAUGGCUUCAACAAAAAUAUUCAACGGAGAAAAUUAGCAUUCGGCAUUCUGUUGGGGGCAGUGGGGAUCGUCGUGCUCAACAGUGGCUUGGUUAAAUGCCUUGUUUGAUAUUGUAAUACAGCAAUUCUGAUGACAACUAACACCCAGAAAACAAAUUGAAAUUUCCAGUGAACUUUCUGCUUAUUCCAAUAUAUGCACAACACUCUCUCCCACUAUUAUCUUAGUAUAUGCAUUACCUGUUAUGUUUGUUUG